AUGAACUUGAUCCACACCGCGUCGGGACGCAAUGUUCCUCGUUUGCAGGACUUCAAUGCCGAGAUAUCAACAUUUGCCGUGGGCACAAGGAAAUCAAAAUUGGCCUUGAAGCAGACCGAACUGGCCGUUGAAGCACUGACGGCAGCAUGGCCCGACUACCAGUACGAUGUCAAAGCUAGAGACACUGCGGCCGGUGAUAUCGACAAGAUAACACCUUUCCGAGAUAUGCCCGUAAAGAAUCUAUGGACUCACGAGUUGGAGGCGCUGCUGCUCGAAAAGAAACUCGACAUCCUGAUCCACUCCCUCAAAGAUGUGCCUACACAACUCCCGCCUGGGUGUGAGAUUGGAGCAGUACUAGAGCGAGAAGACCCUCGCGAUGCCUUCGUUCUCAAGGCCGGCAAACCACACUGUAACAUCCAGGACCUGCCAGCAGGUGCUGUCGUCGGCACUUCUUCAAUUCGCAGAGGAGCACAACUCGCACUGAAGUUCCCGCACCUCGUAAUCGAGGAUAUGAGGGGAAACAUCAAUACUCGGCUGAACAAGCUGGAUGCGGAGGAUAGCAAGUUCGAUGCAUUAAUUCUAGCAGCAGCAGGGCUUCUGAGGAUUGAUCUUGGUGAUCGUAUCUCUCAGUACCUUGACUCUGAGAAUGGAGGAAUGCUGUACGCCGUCGGUCAGGGUGCGAUCGGCAUCGAGAAUAGGUGCAAUGACCUCGAUGUCAAGACGCAAAUCAACCGGAUCAACCACCUGCGAACAUUCCUGGCGACGAACGCCGAGAGAGCUCUUCUUCGGUACCUCGAGGGUGGCUGUAGCGCUCCACUUGGAGUUGAAACACGGUGGUGCACAACAUCGCUGCUGGAGCUGAAGGCAAUCGUGGUCAGCACGGAUGGCCAGCAAAGUGUGGAAGUCGCUAUAGCCAAGGAGAUUGCGAGCGUAGAGGACGCCGACGCCUUCGGAACCGAGGUCGCUCAAGAGCUCUUGUCCAAGGGCGCAGACAAGAUCCUGGCGGAGAUCAAGGCGAAGAAGCCCACUACCGUUACCGACCUUGAAGAGAAAUGA